AAGCCGAGUAGCGGGUGUCUCUCCGGCUGCGUGCUCUCCCCAUCCCUCCGCUGAGCAGGAUGGCAAGUGAGCUCACCAAUUUGUGGUACGUCCACUCGUCGACGCUUUACUCCGCUCUCCUCUCACGGUGACACAUUGACUGGUUUCACUAGGUAACUUCAUUGCUACUGUGCAUUUAACAGACACGCCUUUUUUCAGAAGGAAAAAAAAAAGAACGUAACACGAUUUAAAGGGAACUAAAGUGCUCUGGAAGAAGAUUGCCUUUUUUUUUUGGAUGGAGAAUUUCCAAUAGUCGGUGUAUGAGCUGAAGUCAAGCUGGUUGUGAAGGUGCAAGAUUUGUUCCCCCCUACACCCCGGGUCGGAGACAGUAUGGCGGCGGGAGUGGCGGCAUGGCUUCCCUUUGCCCGGGCUGCGGCCAUUGGCUGGAUGCCUGUGGCUAAUCUGCCCAUGCCAGUGGCGCCAACUGAAAAGAACAAGCGUCAGGAUGAGUUGAUCAUUCUAAACGUUAGUGGGCGGCGCUUCCAAACCUGGAGAAACACUUUGGACCGCUAUCCGGACACCCUCCUGGGGAGCUCCGAGAAGGAGUUCUUCUACAAUGAAGAGACCAAAGAGUACUUCUUCGACCGGGAUCCCGACGUGUUUCGCAGUGUGCUCAACUUCUAUCGCACAGGCAAACUCCACUACCCUCGCUAUGAGUGCAUCUGCUCUUACGAUGAAGAGCUGGCGUUCUUCGGCAUUGUCCCGGAGAUCAUCGGUGACUGCUGCUACGAAGAGUACAAGGACAGGAAGAGGGAGAAUGCAGAGCGUCUGAUGGAUGACCAAGAGGACAACAAGGAUGCUAAGCUGCCCAACAUGACCUUCAGGGAGACCAUGUGGCGGGCUUUCGAGAACCCUCACACUUCCACCAUGGCCCUGGUCUUCUACUAUGUCACUGGCUUCUUCAUCGCAGUCUCUGUCAUCACCAAUGUGGUCGAGACAGUGCCCUGCGGCUCUGUGCUCAAUAUGAAGGAAGUACCGUGUGGCGAGCGCUACACCGUGGCCUUCUUCUGCAUGGACACGGCGUGCGUCAUGAUCUUCACCGUGGAAUACCUGAUGCGCUUGUUUGCCGCACCGAGCCGCUACCGCUUCAUGAGGUCCGUCAUGAGCAUCAUUGAUGUGGUGGCCAUCUUGCCCUACUACAUCGGCCUAGUGAUGACUGAUAACGAGGACGUGAGCGGCGCCUUUGUGACCCUCCGAGUUUUCCGAGUGUUCCGUAUCUUUAAGUUCUCCCGUCACUCGCAGGGCCUUCGCAUCCUGGGCUACACGCUAAAGAGCUGUGCCUCAGAGCUGGGAUUUCUGCUCUUCUCCCUCACUAUGGCCAUCAUUAUAUUUGCUACCGUCAUGUUCUACGCAGAGAAGGGUUCAAGCUCCAGUAAAUUCACCAGCAUCCCAGCCUCCUUCUGGUACACCAUCGUUACCAUGACAACACUUGGGUAUGGAGACAUGGUCCCAAAAACCAUCGCAGGGAAGAUCUUUGGCUCCAUCUGUUCUCUGAGUGGGGUGCUGGUAAUCGCCCUGCCCGUUCCUGUCAUCGUGUCCAACUUUAGUCGCAUCUAUCACCAGAACCAGAGAGCAGACAAACGGCGGGCGCAGAAGGUACAGAAAGCUCGCCUGGCCAGGAUUCGAAUAUCCAAGAAAGGAAGCUCCAGUGCCUUCCUCCACAGCAAGCGCAACGGCCUCUUUAACGAAGCGUUGGAGCUUACGCAACUUCCGUACAAGAUGAACAUUUCUGAUCAGGGUUCUACUGAGGAGGAACAACGGUUAAGUAAGUCCACCUCUCUAUUAGAGAGCCAGCACCAUCACCUGCUGACCUGUUUGGAGAAAACCACUAACCACGAGUUUGUGGAUGAGCAGUAUUACCAACAGAGCUACCUGGAGGCGGGACUUCAGAAUUACCCGUCUCGAAGCCCGUCACACUCCAGCCAAGAGGGCGUCACGGGCACUUGCUGCACCCGCAGAAGCAAGAAGCACCACAGCCCUUUGCCCAAUUCCAGCGAGCCGGCGCACAUGCAGCCUUUGACGCACGCGCACCAACAAGGCUUGCAGGAGCUCAGCACCAUCCACAUUCAGCCCCUCAGCACCAGCCGCUCCAGUUUGAACCUGCGCAUGGAUGAGCCAGCGCCACUCAACUGCCAGGGCGGCCAGAUCACCACCGCCAUCAUCAGCAUUCCCACGCCACCGGUGACCACCCCCGAGGGCGACGCCCAUCUUCCAGCAGGCCCCGCCCACCAGAACAUUGUGAAGGUUUCCGCACUGUGAAGGAUGCGAGUGUGUUAUACUCAGAGAAUGUUACAGACUCACCUAGACAGACUGAAGGACAAGUGGAGGAGGACCCGGCCAGAUGGUGGGUGGGGGGUGGUAGGGGGGGUGGGGUGAUGUGACGCUGUUCAGAGACUUAAUUUGCUCGUGGUGGAGCCUGCCAUCUCCUGGUCAUAUACUGUAACAACAUCGACUCCUUGAAGAGGAGAGAUCCAGUGCACCAUGUCCUUUGAGUGUAUGCGUCACUGAGCAUUAAGCACCUUUUUUAAAAAAAAAUAAUAAUAAUAAUGAUAAUUUUCGCAUCAGUUUGACUCUUUGAAAAGCAGGAGGUGUACGCUGAUGAAGGGACGAAUCCCAAAUACAUGAUUGUGCCCUUUUUCUUUGUGUCACCAUUCCUUAUCACUUUCAGUAUCACCCCACUUUUUUUGUGGGGGGGGGGGGGGAUACAUAUGAAUGUCUGUAUUGCCAGCAAAUGAGUUUCAUAUUUGUGAAUGAGUGCGUGCGUGUGCAUUUGCCCAGAUGGAAGAAUUGUGAUGUUUUGGGUCAAAGGUGUGUGGCCUGUGUGGGAGCGUCGCCUCGGGUGAUGGAACUUUCAAUUCUUCUGGAAGUCUCUUUAUGGUUGUGCAUUUGACUAGCUACCACUGUCGAGGCUUCGAACGGCAAAUUUCUGUCCAAAACUCUCAGCUGUGAGCCUUUUAAUACAACACGUGCCUGUUUUUUUUUUGUUUUUUUUUGUCAGCGGGAAAUCAGGAAUUCAUAGAUUCGUAGUUGAUAGAUUUGAAUAUCCCGUCUCGUUAUUUUCCCCCUGUGGCUGUGGACAGACCUCAAAUGACAAAAUUGCAUCCAAUUAUUUUUUAUUAUUAUUAUUUAUUUAUUUUUUUUUAUGUAAAGCCACCCUAUUUAAAUAAAAGAAAAAAAAAAAGCACAAGGCAUUUGCUGAGAAUUUUGGACACUAACGUGUUCUGUGUCCAGGUCCUUUGUGAAUAUUGUUAAUAGAAUAUUUUGUAAUAUUUGACCAUCGUAUGGCAGAACCUGUGAAGCUGUGCUCUCUCUCUUUCAUCUCACUCUCUCCCUGACUCCUCUGUUUGUAUUUCUCUCUCUCUCUCUCUCUCUCUCUGUCGUCGUCCGCUCGUGUUCCUUAUCCCUCCUGUGUUAACGACCGUUUUUGCUGACAGUCGUCUUUAUAACUGUCAAGCAGCGUUAUUCCUUCCCCUAACUCAUUGGGAAUUUUUCAAAGUUGUUGACUAUGUGUACUCUGUGUGGUUUAGAAACUUUGGUGUUUGUACUUUUUGUCCUCCUGGAUGUUCCAAUUUUUUUAUAUUUUUUUUUUGGUCCCACUGCAUUUGCAGGAGAACUGGAAGGAGGGAGCGGGAUCUUUUGUGUUGGUUUCUAUGGCAACACGAAGGCCACUUAUUGAACCAGGCCCACGGCUCUUUGCCAACUCCACUUGACCUUUUCGAAUGUUAGUCCAACAGCUUUGAACCCGUGCCGGAGAUCCAAAUUCCAUCCCAAUCUUGCUCCUCCAUCUUGUAUUACAACCCAAAUCCCUGAUGUGUUUCCUUAAUCCUAAGGAUGGGGACGACUCCGAGAAAGCCAAAUGGAUUCUACAGAGUGAGAGCAGAAAGUGUCACUCCUCUAGUUUAAGUACUAGUACUAUUUUUUUGGGUGCCGUGACAGCAGCUGCCCGGAAAUAUUGUGAAAAUGACCAUGCAGGCAUUAAAACAAAGAGACAAGCACAGACAAGCGGGCCUUUUUGUUUUCUGUCUUUUACUGAAAGCGGUUUUAAAGACAACAGCAUAGCAUUAAUUCCAACAUUUUGGAAUAUUUAGAACUACUGUACAACAGGUGAUGGCAGAAGUGAGGUUUAUUUUCUUUGAUGUUGCAGGGACUGGGAUCAAACUUGUGUCAGCUGCACUUUCGAACACAGUUUGAGUCGGGCUCAACGUGUUCAAUUGACUUUUUUUUCAUGCAACAAAAAAUAAUAACGCCCUCUUGUAGUGUGUUAUGCUCUCUCUUUCUCUGUUAUGUACUCGCGUUUGUCUUUAAAAUCAGUCAGGUUUUCGUCUCACUCUUUGCUUUGCCACCUGUCAUUGUUGCAAUUACUGCUGUGUGUGUGUGUGUGUGUAUCUUGUCAUGUGUUUGAUAUUAUUUAUGACCUUGUCUCGUGUCCCAACUGUGAAAGGCCUGAUAAAACAUCUAUAUCUGCCA